GCGACCAAAUUAGGUCACACCACAGACAUCAUUCCAAGUCACCAGAAUCCAUAGAUACUUGGAAGUUGAAAUGAGCAAGGAGAAGUUACAAGUUACGAGACUUGGGAACAUGAAAGAGAAGCAAGAAGAAAAAAUGGCAAACAAGAAGAGAAAGGCAGGUAGUGUAAAUGUUGAUUGUGGGUACAUGGAAGAUGCGAGAAAUAGGAAGGAAAAUAAGUUCAGAGUGGGCUGACCCAAGUGCAGACGAGGUUAUUUUGGUAAAAACUCUUGGCAUCAUCUAAAGCCAACGUUUGGUUGGAGGGUUUAUUGCUGAAGCAAAGGGUUUUGUACGAGGCUGGGUUUUCGAAAAGGAAUCUCUCAUCCAGGUAGGGGCAACACUCAUCAAACAACCCUCCAAAUUUUCACGCCUCCAUUGAACUCACUUAUGAUUUACAUACACAUAUAAUUUGUUCUUGAUUAAGCCGGUGUUCUUCAAAAUGGUACUACAAUCAAAAAUUUGCGCAAUUUUUUUCUUGCGGAGAUCCUUUCGUAUUUGUUACUUAGCAAAACCUCUAUGCACCAUUACUGGAUCAACUCAGGUCCCUGAAUCCCCUGACCUUCCGAACUGGAUAAAGUUCUUCGAUACUAAAACCUGUACACAUUCAGAAUCUGAGGACGAUGUCUUUGUUAUUCCUCCAUUGGCGCAUUGGCUUGAACCUCAAAAACUCAAAGACAACGAUAAAGUUGUUCAAAAGAAAUUGGUUGAGACAAGCGAUAACGAAGUUGACAAAAUAAGUACAAUGCUAGAGAAUCGAUACCCAUCACCGGAAAAUGUUGCAGAAGCUUUGAAUGGAAAGGCUUACAGGGUUUCGAACAAUUUGAUUGGACAGCUGCUGAAGAGAUUUCAGAAUGAUUGGAUCCGAGCAUAUGGUAUUUUCAAGUGGGCGAAAGACCAAACGCCUUAUCGGCAUUCACCUGAAUCUUACAACUCCAUGGUUGAUAUCUUGGGGAAGGCUAAAAACUUUAGACUUAUGUGGGAGUUAGUGGAUGAGAUGAAUCAUUUAGCUGGAUGUGUGAGUUUGGAGACAAUGAGUAAGGUUAUAAGGAGGCUUGCGAAGGCUGGUAGGCAUCAGGAAGCAAUCGAUGCUUUCCGGAGUAUAGGGAAAUAUGGGGUUAGUACAGAUACAACAGCCAUGAAUGUGUUGAUGGAUGCAUUAGUUAAGGAGGGCAGUGUUGAAGAUGCCCAUAAUGUGUUUGAAGAAUUGAAGUGUUCAAUACCUUUCAAUUUGGCCUCUUUCAAUGUUCUAAUACAUGGGUACUGCAAAGCUAAGAAGCUAGAUGAGGCGUGGAAGAUUAUGGGGGAAGUUGAGAAAAGUGGACUUGAACCUGAUGUGAUCUCCUACACUGCUUUUAUUGAAGCUCACUGCCGUGAAAAGGACUUCCGGAAUGUAGAUAAAGUCCUGGUGCAAAUGGAGCAUAAGGGAUGCAAGCCUAAUGUAAUAACUUUCACCAUUAUAAUGCAUGCUCUAGGGAAGGCAAAACAGAUUUAUGAAGCUCUAAAAGUAUACGAGAAGAUGAAGAAAGAGGGUUGUGUGCCUGAUAGUUCAUUCUACAGCUCCCUGAUAUUCAUUCUUGGUAAAGCUGGUAGGCUCGUUGAUGUUAAGGAGAUAGUAGAGGACAUGGAAAAGCAGGGGGUUAAUCCAGAUGUGUUGACAUAUAACACAUUGAUAUCUUGUGCUUGUGCGCAUUCACAAGAAGAGACAGCUCUAACAUUGCUACGGAAAAUGGAGGAGGUUUCGUGCAAGCCAGACCUCAAGACUUACCACCCUUUGUUGAAGAUGUUUUGUAAAAAGAAGAGAAUGAAGAUGCUGAAGUUUUUGUUAGAUCAAAUGUUCAAGAAUGAUGUAAGUAUUGAAGCUGGGACUUACGCGAUUCUAGUGCGGGGAAUGUGCGAGAAUGGGAAACUCCAUCUAGCUUGCUCUUUCUUUGGGGAGAUGCUGUCCAAGGGGAUGGUUCCUAAAGAUUCCACAUUCAAGAUGUUGAAGGAAGAACUUGAAAGGAAAAGUAUGUUAGAAGAAAUGAAAAUCGUAGAGAAAUUGAUGUCCUGUGCAACAAAUCAAGAUACAAGUUAACAAAUGAGACUCUACUAAAGCAACUACAACGUGAGUUCAUUCAAGAUUUAUCCCCUUCAGGUAGAUGACAUAGGAAUUUGAUUUCUUAACAGUGAGAAGAAAAAACUAUUCAAUUUCUUCCUGAAAAGUUUUGUUGCAACCCAUUUUUAAUGUUUGUUGCAUUCUCAUUUUUAUCUCACUCACUUGGAAUCGCACAGCAUAAAUGAAUUCUGAAGUUCAGUCA